AUGUCACCAUCCCGCACUGCAGCAGAGUUGGACGUGGUGGUGGCCCGACUGGAAGCGGACGAAUCGUACCAAACCCUCAAAGCCAAGGAAAGCGUGCUCGAUCUACAAGUGCGCAUGCUGGUGCAGCAACAGCAGUCGCUGGUGGCCUAG